AUGAAUUUUGAUGGUUCCGUCCGAAAUGGGUCUGCAGCUUCUGGUUUUGUGUUAUGUGAUUCUGAUGGUCAUGUUUUGCUUGCUGGGGCUAAAAAUAUUGGUGAGAAUACUAUCUCUGUUAUGGAGUGUAUCACUUUACGGGAUGGCCUUGCCUAUGUGGCUCAUAGAGGAUGGCGUAAAAUUUUGGCUGAAGGUGACUCUAAACUCAUCAUUAAUUGUGUUAACAAGAAAGUUGUGGCUCUUUGGAGUAUCAACCUCUUGAUUAAAGAUAUUGCGCUUCUCAGCUCCUUCUUCGAAUCCUGCUCCUUUAAUCAUGUUUUUCGUGAGGCAAAUUUUACGGCUGAUGCUGUGACAAGCUUAGGGCAUGGGAUUACCCCUUCCAAGCUUUGGGAGGCUGGCUUGCCUCUGAACUGUUCGACCCCUUCUUUUUUGACCUAUUGGGGCCUGCGUGUCCUCUGGGUUUUUGUUUGUAGUAUUUUAUUUUUCCGAUAA